UCUAUCUAUCUCGAGCUACCCAAACAAAUCAAUCAUACCACAAGAUAGAGAGUUAGUUGUCCAUGGAUCGGGGCCUCCAAUGGAGCAGGCCGGCGUCGCUGCUCCUCUUGGGGGCGGCGUUCCUGGCGACGGCGGCCGUAGCGAGCGCCAACCCGGCGUACAACCCCGACCCCUACAGCGUCGUCGACAACUUCAACCGCGCCGUCCACAGGUCGACUAGCCCGCGUCGUGCGCUGUCGUCGGAGAAGAAAGAGAAGAAGCAAAAGUACAAUGGCCCGUGCCUGGCGACGAACCCGAUCGACCGGUGCUGGCGCUGCCGCAAGGACUGGGCGACGGACCGGCAGCGGCUGGCCCGCUGCGCCAAGGGCUUCGGCCGCGGGGCCACCGGCGGCCUCCACGGCAAGAUCUACAUCGUGACGGACCCAAGCGACGAGGACUUCACCAACCCGCGUCCCGGCACGCUCCGGUGGGGCGUGGUCCAGCUGGAGCCUCUGUGGAUCAUCUUCGCCAGGGACAUGAUCAUCAACCCGACCCAGGAGAUCAUAAUCCAGAGCAACAAGACCCUCGACGGGCGCGGCGCGCAGGUGCACAUCGCCAACGGCGGCGGCCUCACCAUCCAGCACCAGAACAACGUCAUCAUCCACAACCUCCACGUCCACGACAUCAAGCACACGGACGGCGGCAACGUGUCGCUGGCGGCAAACCACGCCACCAUCCGCACACGCGCCGACGGCGACGGCGUCUCCAUCUUCAACGCCACAAACGUGUGGGUCGACCACCUCUCCAUGGCGCUCUGCGAGGACGGCAUGAUCGACGUGGUGGCCGCCUCCACCGCCAUCACCAUCUCCAACUGCCACCUCACCAACCACAACGACGUGAUGCUCUUCGGCGCCGACGACAACAAGCCCGAGGACAAGGUGAUGCAGGUCACCGUCGCCUUCAAUCACUUCGGGAGAGGCCUCGUGCAGAGGAUGCCCCGAUGCCGCUACGGCUUCUUCCACGUCGUCAACAACGACUACACACACUGGCUCAUGUACGCCAUUGGAGGCAGCAGCGAGCCCACCAUCAUCAGCCAGGGGAACCGCUACAUCGCACCACCAAACAUGGCUGCCAAGCAGGUGACCAAGCGCGACUACGCGCCGGAAGCGGUGUGGAAGAACUGGGUGUGGAGAUCGGAGGGCGACCUGAUGAUGAACAACGCCUUCUUCCAGACGUCCGGCGGACAAAUAAGCCAGAAGCUCAACGGGAAGGACCUCAUCAAGCCCAAGCCAGGGGAGUACGUCACGAGGCUCACCCGCUUCUCCGGCACGUUGGCGUGCAAGCCGGGCUGUGCCUGCUGACCGUCGCCAGCCAUACCUCACCUGCGAGGCGGAGUAGCCGGAGCCGCACGCACGCCUAUAUGUCGUCGCCGGCCGGCCGCACGCCCAAGGGAAGGACGCAGUUAUUAACGUUCCAUGCCAGAGGAAGAAGAACCCAUCUUUGAUGCUAGACAACAAACCCGCAAGCAUGCAUAGAGGAAUGGAGGAGGGUGGUCGCAUUCAUCAGUCUGCUACUCUCUGUUUGUGUAAUCAAUGUACGUAUCACUACUUGCUUUUCUUUUUUUUUUGGUCUUCUUCAGAGGAAGUAGGAAUUGUGUACCUAUAUAUAUACAUAUACGCAUCCAUGUUGUACGACAUGGAUGUACUUGUAACCGCUGUUGUUUAUGAAUUGUAUACCGUAUCGACCAUGUUCAGAAA